UAUACCACAAAUUGCUAAAUGGUUUAAGGUUCCUGAAGGUAUUAGUUUAAAGGAAGCUGUCGUCCUCUAAGUAAAGUACUCUUAGUCUAGUAUCCGUUUUUCAAAUAUACCAAAAGGACGGACUUAAAAGAACGGAGCCUUCUUCUUUGUUUAUUUAAAUAGCUUUAUUUUUGUCUUGCUUUCUUUCGAGAGGCUUUGGGUAUGUCUGGCCGGCGAAAUGAAACCACAAUUCGGCAUCUCAUUCAGUCUGUACCAGGAAACAACAUUUGUGCAGACUGUCAUACGCGCGGUGUUCAAUGGGCCAGCUGGAAUAUUGGUAUCUUUUUAUGUCUGAGAUGUGCAACAAUUCACCGAAAGCUUGGGUCUCACAUUUCCAAAGUAAAAUCAGUAUCACUCGACCAAUGGACAGAUGAUCAAGUAAAUAAUAUGCGUGAUUGGGGAAAUCUAAAUGCCAAUCGUUAUUGGAAUCCCAGUCCUUUGGAUCAUCCUUUACCUAUGAAUGCUCAUAGCGAUGAUACCGUAAUGGAAAAAUAUAUUCGCGACAAAUAUGAAAAAAAGCUAUUUUUAGAGGAAACGCCAAACCAAAAAGGCCCGUCUUUGCCCCCUAGAAGCAACUCAUCCGCCAGUUCUGCUGGUGUUUCAAGUUCUCAACCUAAUUACAAAGUAUCUCUCAAAACUAUCCAUGACAUGGGAUUUACGAAUGAUAUAAUAAAUUUGAAAGCGUUGGAAGAUUCAAACGGUGAAGUUAAUGGUGCCGUGGAAAAAAUUGUCCAGGAAAUGCAAAAAAACCCAUCAAAUCCUACCUCGUCCUCGUCCUCGAUGCCAAGCUCAAAAUCUUAUAAGGCGCCAAAGUUACCUUCGGCACGUCUUUCUAGAAGAAACAAGCGUUUACAUGUACGUUUUGAAGAUGGUUCAAAACCCGGUGAUGAUGACGAUGGCACAGGUGCUGGUGAAGGGCGUGUGACCUCUCCUACGCUAAAUCCUUUUGAGCAGAUGAUGGCUAUGACAAAUCAAGGCAUGUCAGUUGCUCCCGGAGUUGAAACCACUUCAAGCCCCUUUUUUAGGGCUCCAGUAGAACCCAAUCAACCCUUACAGGCAUCUUCGACUGGACCUGCAGCAACAACUUCUUAUGAAAACGUAAAUAUGCCUUCUUAUAAUUUAGAUUCCUCUGGCCUGUACCCACAGACUACAGGCUCGUCAUCCGCCGCACCUCCUCCUGCCCAACCUUUGCAACGCUCUCAUACUGGACUUGCUUCUUACGACUAUAAUUAUCCUUUGGGCGCUGAUUAUACAAUCCCCCCAAACAGCACAGGCUCGAAUCCUUUUUAUGACUUUUCCUCGCCGACGCCUUCAACAUCUGGGAUGACAGGAACUACGAAUUAUCCUGCUAAUACCAACAAUUUAUACUACGGUAAUUCUUAUCCUAACACAACAGAUAAUAUUUCAAUGCCAGAUAUGAGUAAAUUAUCUUUGGCAGAGUCAAACGACGCAACUUCAACUCCUUCAUCCCAAUACCUUGGUUCUUCUAUUGCACCUCAGUAUGGUGCUUCUGGCGUAAAUUACUCUCAAUCUUCUGCAGAUCCGUAUAAUUUAAGAACAAAUGUAUAUAAUCCUUCUUCCGUUUCUUCGUAUGGUGCCCAACCUUCAGCUUUGCAAUUACAACCAACUGGAUUGGUUCCCUCAUCUCCUGGUGAAAUUCAGCUUCAAGGCGCGGGACAGCCAUUCAUGCAAAGUGAUAUGGGAAUGCAGUCUAACAAUUAUCAGAUGCCUAUGGGUAAUAACUGGAUGGAGUAUGGUGACGUUUCUCAACAAGGUGCCGCAAUGCCAAUGAAUGGAAUGAAUUAUCCUGGCGUUAUGAAUUACGAUCCCAAUAUGUCCAUGAACAAUGGCUAUUAUGUACCAGGGUAUAACAAUGCAAUGAUGCCUUCUGAAGGUGUGUAUCCGCCUGCUGAUGUUUAUGGAGAUCCUAUGAAUCCUGGUUCAUCCGGAGCCAUGGGAGGUCCAGGGAGUAGCACAUCAAAUGCUGAUAACUAUUUGCAAAGAAUUAUGCAUGGUAAACGUUAAUUAUAUGGAAAGGAAAGAUAAAAAGGCCCCCGUGAAAUCAAUUUUGACCUCUUGUGUUUAGAAGUAAAAGAACUUUACAUGCGAUCAUUUGUUUUAUUUUUUUCGUUCUUUGAUAUGUUCACCUGCUUGCUUUUCAGUUUCCGAUGUUCGUGCUUAUCCAUACGAAUUAUUUAUAUGUAGAUGUGCUAAUUUACUAUGCCGGUUUCUCUGGUUGUAACUGGUUCACGCUCAUUUACCUUAUUUCUUAGUCCAUAUUUGGAAGUCACUUCCUACAUUUAUGAGUCAGAAAACUGCUUUUAACUGAUAAUUGGAUCAGCGAAAGUGGUAUAUGAAUCUAUUUAUGAUGAUUAUGCAUGGAAAUAUGAGCCAAGCAAUUCUUUUGUUUGGUGAAAUAGUUGUUGGAAAAAUACCUAUAUAUGUUUACAUAUAUAUCUGUUUUGAAUGUUCGGGUACAUUAAUGAAAAUUGUUUUUGGUAAUUAAGCUGUUCUUUUGUUUGUAAG